AUGAAAGGGAUAACACUCUUGUUGCAUUCAUUUUACAUUCUGUUACUGGUUCUUGGGGUGUUAAGGUCAUCUUCAGCUGAGAAUGAUAGUAACGAAGACGUAAAUGGAAAACAAGUUUAUAUAGUUUAUAUGGGAGCUGCGGAUUCCACAAGUCCUUCUCUUCGCAACGAUCAUGCUCAGCUUCUCAAUGCCGUGCUAAAAAGGAAUGACAAGGCUUUGGUAAGGAACUACAAAUAUGGUUUUUCAGGAUUUGCAGCUCGUUUAUCAAAAGACGAAGCAAAUUCAAUUAUUCAGAAACCUGGUGUUGUGUCUGUUUUCCCUGAUCCCAUUUUGAAACUUCAUACAACUCGUUCCUGGGAUUUUCUCAAAUACCAAACUCACGUCAAAAUCGACGCCAACCCAAACACACUCUCCAAUUCUUCGACCUCCUCAGACGUUGUUCUUGGCAUCUUAGACACAGGUAUAUGGCCAGAGGCUGCAAGUUUUAAUGACGAGGGAAUGAGUGCAAUUCCAUCGCAUUGGAAAGGCACAUGCAUGAAAUCACAAGACUUCAAUUCCUCUAAUUGUAACAGGAAGCUAAUUGGCGCAAGAUUUUACACUGAUCCUAACGGGGACGACGAGGGCGACAACACACCACGAGACUCGAUUGGCCAUGGGACUCAUGUGGCAUCUACCGCGGUGGGUACCGCCGUGACCAAUGCAUCGUACUAUGGUUUGGCGGCAGGGAAUGCAAAGGGUGGGUCUUCAGAAUCAAGAUUGGCGGUUUACAGAGUGUGUUCCAACUUUGGAUGUCGUGGGUCUGCCAUUCUCGGGGCAUUUGAUGAUGCCAUUGCCGACGGAGUCGAUGUUCUGUCACUAUCACUCGGUGCAUCACCGGGGUUUCGACCUGACUUGACAACCGACCCGAUUGCCAUUGGAUCAUUCCAUGCCGUGGAACGCGGCAUUGUGGUGGCAUGCUCUGCUGGCAAUUCUGGACCGAACUCGUACACGGUUGUAAAUGACGCGCCUUGGAUUUUAACGGUUGCAGCUUCUACCAUCGACCGAGAUUUUCAGUCUAACACUGUCUUGGGUGAUAACAAAACCAUCAUGGGUAGGGCUAUAAAUUUCUCCCCUCUUUCAAAUUCGGCUGAGUAUCCAAUAAUAUACAGUGAGUCUGCGAAGGCGAGCAGCAGUAGUUUAACUGAAGCGAGACAAUGUCACUCAGAUUCAUUAGAUGCAAAUAAAGUCAAAGGAAAGAUUGUGGUAUGUGAUGGCAGAGAUGAUGGUGAAUAUUCAACUAGUGACAAAAUUGACACAGUCAAAGCAGUGGGAGGAAUAGGCCUGGUUCAUAUUACUGACGAAAAUGGAGCAAUAGCUUCAUAUUAUGGGGACUUCCCUGCAACGGUUAUAAGCUCAAAAGAUAGUGCCACGAUACUCCAAUAUAUCAAUUCAUCCAACAACCCAAUUGCAACAAUUCUACCAACAACAACAGUGCUUGACUAUAAACCUGCUCCUCUUGUGCCAAACUUUUCAUCCAGAGGACCUUCAACACUAUCAAGCAAUAUUCUCAAGCCUGAUAUUGCAGCACCAGGAGUUAAUAUUCUUGCUGCAUGGAUUGGAAAUGGAGUAGACGAGGUUCCCAAAAGAAGAAAGCCCUCGCUGUACAACAUAAUCUCUGGGACUUCCAUGGCCUGUCCACACGUUUCAGGGCUUGCAAGUAGUAUCAAAACACAAAAUCCAACUUGGAGUGCCUCUGCAAUCAAAUCUGCCAUCAUGACCACAGCAAUUCAAAGUGACAACAUGAAGACACCUAUAACAACAGAUUCAGGGUCAGUAGCCACACCAUAUGACUUUGGGGCAGGGGAGAUGACAACAUCUGAAUCAUUGCAACCAGGACUAGUUUAUGAAACCAACACCAUUGACUACUUAAACUUUUUGUGUUACAUUGGACUCGACAUAACCACUAUUAAGGUCAUCUCCAGAACUGUUCCUGACAAUUUCAGUUGCCCUAAGGAUUCAAGUUCUGAUCUAAUCUCCAACAUAAACUACCCUUCCAUAGCAGUAAACUUCACUGGGAAAAGUGUUGUCAAUGUGAGCAGAACUGUCACAAACGUUGGUGAAGAAGAUGAAACAGCUUACUCCCCCGUUGUUGAGGCUCCCAGUGGAGUCAAAAUUACAUUAACUCCAAAUAAAUUACAAUUUACCAAAAGUAGUAAAAGACUAAGUUACCAAGUGAUUUUCUCCUCAACUUUGACUUCCCUGAAAGAAGAUCUGUUUGGAUCUAUUACAUGGAGUAAUGGCAAAUAUAUGGUUAGAAGCCCUUUUGUAUUAACUAAAUAG